AUGUCAACCCCAAAACCCACCAUCAUCCUCGUCCACGGCGCCUUCCACGGCCCCUGGUGCUUCUCCCCCCUCUCCCACUCCCUCCGCGCCAAAUCCCUCCCCUGCAUCGACGACCUCGCCCUUCCCAGCGCCGGCUCCGCCCGCCCCCUCCAAGUCGACGUCGAAGCCCUGCGCGCCGUCCUCCACCAAGUCAUAGACAAGGACGGCAACGAUUGCGUCCUCGUCAUGCACUCCUACGGCGGCGUCGUCGGCGGCGAAGCCAUCCGUGGCUUCGGCGUGAAGGACCGCGGCGCGGGGCCGUGCGUACGGCGAACGGUGUACAUCGCGACGAGCUUGCCGGUCGUGGGGCAGUCACAUUGGGAGCUGACGGCGGAGUGGGCGGCGAAAUCGGGGGUGGAUAUGGGGAGCGUGGCAGAAAUAAGGGAUGAUGGGGAGGUCGCGUGGAUCGCGAGCCCGGAGAUGUUUUAUAAUGGGCUGCCGAAGGAGAAGCAGGAAGAGAUGUCGGGGAAGCUGAAGACCCAGUCGGUGGCAGCUCUCGGCACGCCGGUUGAAUAUGCGGGACACUCCGAUAGCCCUGGCUGGUUCUUGAUGUGCACCAAGGAUCUCGUGGUGUCACUGGCACAGCAGAAGUAUAUCGUGGCGCUGCCGGGCGUCGAUAUUGAGCGGUCCGAGGAGAUCGAGACGGGUCAUACCCCUUUUUUGACGCAUCCGGAUGAGGUGGCUGAUUUCAUCGCUCGAGCGGCGGAGGUCUGA